UCAUCCGCAUCUUUUUAUGGUUCGUAACAACAUCUGCCCUCAAGACUGCAUGCCUUUCCAAGAUCCAGGGACUCGGUAAAGUGUGGGCCUAGAGAUGAACCAGAUUCUUGAGAUUUCUAGAUCACCCACACAAUCCAUCGUGUUGCUAUGCUCGUGAUCAAGGGUCUGUUCUCUGGGUUGGAACAAGGUCUUUUGAGACCGACCAGAGACCGCGAUGCCAGCACCGGACGAUGUUUACAAGCAUGAUGUUGACUUUACGACUCUGGCGCUGCAGUAUCCCGACUUUGCGAAGAAACUAAAAUCCAAUCGUCAACUCGACUUCUCGGAUCCGGAGAGUGUCAGACAACUUACGAAAACUCUGCUGCACCGCGACUUCGACAUCGCUAUUGAUUUGCCGGAAGACAGGCUUUGUCCACCGGUUCCAAACCGAUUCAACUACAUCUUGUUCAUUCAGCGUCUUCUGGACUGUACAUCGCCUGACUUUCGUGAUGGGUACAACCCGGACCGACAGGUCAUUGGCCUGGACGUAGGGACAGGCGCCUCGGCCAUCUAUCCGCUUCUAGCUUGCCAGCAGCGACCUAUAUGGCUAUUCCUCGCCACCGAAAUCGACGAUAAGAGCCGGAUGUAUGCGGAGAAAAACAUCGCAACGAACAUGCUUCAGUCGCGGAUCAGACUCCUCAGUACAGAUAUUACAGGUGCUGAACUAAUCCCGAGCAAGCAGCUCGAAAGAUUUGAUCGAAUCGACAUCCUCAUGACCAAUCCACCAUUCUACGAAUCACAAGAGUCCAUGCUCGAAUCAUCACGCUCGAAAUCUCGACCCGCAAACUCAAGCUGCACGGGCGCUCCGGUCGAAAUGAUCACCCCAGGCGGCGAAGUGUCGUUCGUGAGUCGUCUGAUCGACGAAUCGACCCUCAGCACGAAUAGGACACGCAUCCAAUGGUUCAGCGCCAUGCUCGGCAAAUUGUCGAGCGUUGGUUUCGUGGUCGAGACACUCCGACAGAAAAGGUGCACCAAUUUCGCGGUCACAGAGUUCAUACAGGGACAAAAGACGAGAAGAUGGUGUGUAGCCUGGAGUUGGUUUGGCUUUCGACCCAGCAGUGCUGUAGCGAGAAGUGUUGGUUCAGGCGUUGAGAAGAAGUUCUUGCCGCCACCUACGGAUAUCGAGUUUGACGUGCACGCCGACAUGGCUACAUUGGAGAUCAGAACCGGCGAGGAGAUUGGAAAGUUGGAUGUGCUUUGGAAGUAUGUUCCUGCUAGACGAGUGGGCAUGCUGAUGAGCAAGGGUGGGGAUGUGUGGAGUAGGAAAGCCAGACGGAGGAGGGUACACCAGGAUCACGAGAUGGCCGACCGUGAUGAUGAUCAUGAGAAGGACGAAAAGGACGAAGAACAAGAGCCGGCGCUUGUGGCUAGGAUCACACUUUCUGCUGCCGUUGUCGUUGACAGUCGAGUAGCUGGGUCGGCGAAGACGAACGUCCAUAUCAGACAUCUACAGGGGCAGGACUCGGUGUUGUUUGAGAGCUUUUGCGGCUGGUUGAAGAGGAAGAUUUCAUGAAGCCAGAGCCGCCCCUUAAGCAGCACUCGUCGUCACAUCAACAACCAAGGAGAAAUGUUCUACCUUGCUCAACCAUGACAACGCCGGCCUCUGCGCUAUUAUUCACAUUCUCUACGGUGCCCGCAGCACCUACAGUGUCGGCUUCUUUGGUGUCACGUACCGGUAGCCACCAAACCAGCACCGCUGUUGAGUUGAUAUCAAUCCUGCCACACCCUCCCACCACCUUUCUCACGAUUCGCCAGGCCACACCUCACCGCCCGCGAAAAUAUCAGCCCUUCAUCAGUUCAACUCGCGAAAAAUAUGGUCACUAUUAAAGUGAGAGUGAGAUAUCGUCACAGAUGUGACUACAAGAGUCUCUGCACUGAUUUAGUAAGGAGAUCUAGGUGAUUCCAAGUCUGAGUACUAGGUGAUCCUGUUCUCCAAAGAAAAGAAACGUCCUACCAG